AACACAUGCCAGGAGCUUGGUCUACAGAAUAUAUCAGCAUUCAAUUGUACCUCGUUAUCCGCAAUAAAAUGCAAGCCACACAGGUAUAUUGAUUAUCCAUGUUAUAUGGCUGAUAUCUAUAUCCAUAAUACAUACUUUUUGGGCCACUUAGAGCGGUUUUCACUUGACUGUCGAAAGGGAUUGGUUUUGGUUUUACUACGCCCUUUGGUUGGCUAGUGUAUUUACUUUGGUUUUGGUUUUACGACAGUCAAGUGAAAACCGCUCUAAACGCUACAAUGAUCAGAACACCUAAUUUUAAGCAUGUUUCUAGUUAUUGCAGAGCAAUGAACGUCAAAAUGAGUGAUUUCAAGAGCCUAUUCCACUUUAUAAAAUAACUAAGAUAGUACAAGCGUUCUUAUUGGUUAAAAACCUAUGGUUUAUUGUGCCGGUAAACUCAUAGAAAACUUAAUCUUAUUUUAUAAAAGCAAUAGACCCCACUUUCUAUGGGUUUACCGGCGUGAUUACCCACUUGGAAUGUUGGGAGAACACUCGAAAAGCUUGUAAAUCACUCGCCUUCGGCAAGUGAUUUGGGUUAUCACGCAGGUUAACCCAUAGAAAGUGUAGUCUAUUGCCUAAUAGUCUUACCCCGGAAUACCGUCAGUCGAACACGCCCCUAAUGUACUACUUCAGAUAGAUAUAUCAUGGUAGGUAAGUCGUUAAUUCCUCCCGUCAGAAAUCUUUAAUUUUUCUUUCUACCAUGGCAUAACCUAAUUAACAUUUUACUUUAUCAUUGCACAUAACAUAUCUUCUUGGCGAUGGGCAAACUGUCUCUCAACGGACACCUCUAUAUAUUUAAGUCACGCCUUAGUUGUUGGUCCCUGCCAUUUUUCAGCCGUUUUGUUUGCUCUGUAUAGCGCAGGCACUUCUCAUAAGAUGGAAACCACAUUUCAUGUCCUAAUGAUGUCCCUGUUAGAGCGAGUUGACUACACCUUAUAGUAUUCAUUUUCACUUAUACCUUUUACUAGACCGAGUACAGUCGGAUGUGCACAAGCCUAUAGAUAUUACGGACGUCCAGGGCACAUUGAACACCGUAAAUGUGACGAGACUCGUCACCCUGACAUAUGUUCGUUUAAAGAAACAAAGUCUGGAAAUCAUAGACUGUUAUGUAACACCGAGGUUUGUGGGUCAUCGAAUAUCACCAUAGGCUCUGUGAAUGCGGCAAUGGGCAAAGUCACUGACUGGAUUCUUACAUCCAAGGAGACGAUAACUGGAACUGUACAAGAAGCCGUAGAAACAAACCAAAAAAACGGCUUUGGCUUUCUGUACAUAAAGUGUGGGGAUAUUCUUCAGUCGCUCAUCUUUCCACCUAUCCUAAAGAAAGCCGAAAAUGACAGCGAGAGAAACAACAUAAAUGUUAACGUGGUUGUGUUGGACUCUGUGGCAAGACCGCAUUUUUAUCGAAUUCUGCCAAGAUCAGUGGCCGUACUCCGCGCGAUUGCACAAGAUCCCGAUAUCAAGGCCACUGCGUUGGAUUUUGAAUUGUUCCAGAGUGUUGGUCAACAGACUUUUGACAACAUGAGGCCCUUCUUUUCUGGUGUUAUCAAAGGUAAACGUUGAGGAGUGUCCAUAUCAUUCAGGUCCCGUUUAUAUGGAGAAAACUUGUCCCGAGCAAAAGAGUCACUCGCUUAGCUGAGAUACCCUGGGUGAGCCAACUUUUCAUGCAUUGUGUAGUUCCAGAAAAUAUCCAUACCCUCUCACGGAGGGCACUUUUUCAGUUCAGUUUGACCCCGAGAUGCAAAGGGCCUUUUGAAUGUGCAACGUAAGGAAACUUCCCAAAAGGGCCCUUACUAGUUGUUUCGUGGGAAAGUAAAUUGCAUAUUGUGGCCUUUUAGUUCCAUUUAGAUUUAAUACUAUAUAUUUUUUCUUCUUCUAUAGAUGACAAUGAAAUCAGUGACAGAGCAAAGACCGCAAAGGACCCUCUAGGGGUAGAGGUGUUGUUUGGGGCCUUCAGUAAAUGGGGCUACCAGACCCUCUUCCAAGAAGACCUUUGUUGGUACGACCACUGGGGUAUUGGAUUGACGGACCUUCAAGUAAGAGCAAGCCCUGAUGGAGAUUCUGAAUUUGAAGACAGGUACCUUUGUAAAUAUACUACAUAAGUUUAGAGAGGAAGGUACCAAUAUUACGAAAUGCCUGGAAAAUAAUGGGGCCGUAGCAUUUAGUUCACUUACAAAGGAAACAGUAUCUUUUUUUAUUAGGGACAUUAAGCAAAUCGCUACGGCGACCUCUAUUACGGAGGCCUCGUGGUACGGAGUGCUGGGGAGAGUAGGUCACCGUAGCCCACCAAAUUUCAACUUUAAAGUGGCUCGACUGGAUUUGUUUGGGGGGAUACCUCCCAAGUUUGAGCAGUAACUACGUCGGCAUUAUUGAAGAUAUGGGAAAAAGGUUACCACAACUGUAUCAUAUAAAGAUGACAAUUUCUUAUGAUCCGGGUUUUAUUGCAAUCGGAGUCGUCAUGGCAAAGUAACGACGCCAUUACGUUUUUUAUUUAUCUUUGUGUUUCUCAGUACCAGGUUUUUUUUUUUUAGAAAUCGCUUAAGGGAGUAUGUACCUGCCAUAAUUGCCUCAUACCAUGGCAAAGUUUGAACAAAUUCUAUGAUAGCAUUUUCGAAAUAUUUUCAAGCGAAGUUUUAACAAUCAUAAAAACAGUGAAAUAGCAUGCUGUCCACACAAUUAGCUAAUAUUUUAAGAAAAUGAUAAGCUUUGGAAACGCAGCUUUAUCUCAUAGUGGUUCGAUUCCAUUGAAAACUGCGUACAAAAAUUGCUCUGGCCGAUCGCGAGUGAGAAGAAUUUUAUUAACUUGCGUUCAGCUGCUUCUGUUACAGUUUUUCGACGUCAUUUCGUUCAUGCCUACAAAAAAACCGCUGGCUAAAUUUUUGUAUAAAUUUGACAAUCCCGAGAUCAAUCUUCAAUAAAUGUAACCUGCAAGUUUCACGAACAUUGAAAACAGGAAAAGCUGUUAAAUAGGGCCUCAAAUAUAACCAAUUUCCCCCUCAGGUUUUCUGUUUACAAUUGAGCGUCCUCAUUAUUCACUGGCAUUGUUUGCAAGUUUUCAAUUCCCCUCUUUUUUUUUGUAAGCAGUUUUCAAUGGAAUCAAACCACCAUGAGAUGAAGCCGCAUUUCCAAAGCUUAUCAUUUUCUUAAAAAUAUUAGCUAAUUGUGUGGAUAGUAUGCUAUUUCACUGUUUUUAUGAUUCGUUUUUAUGAUUCGACUUCGUUUCUAAUUAUUUCGAAAACGCUCUCAUGGAAUUUGUUCAAACUUUGCCAUAAUUGAGGCAAUUAUGGCAGGUACAUACUCCCUGAAGCGAUUUCUUAAAAAAAAAUCCUGGUACAGAGAAACACGGAGAUAAAGGAAAAACGCAAUGGCGUCACUACGUUGCCAUGGCGACUCCGAUUGCAAUAAAACCCAGAUCAUAAGAAAUUGUCAUCUUUAUAUAAUACAGCUGUGGUAACCUUUUUCCGAUAUCUUUACUCAUGCUGACGUAGUUUAUGCUCAAACUUGGGAGGUAUCCCCCUUAAAAAAUCCAGACGAGCCUCCUUCGCUCAUUCACUUUAGCUGUUAGUAAAACGAAGGGAAGACGUAAUUACUGGAAAACCAGGCUGAGCGUCAAAUACUUUCUCGAUAAAGUGAAAAACAAUCUAUCUAAAAUAGGAGAAAAGUCGAAUUUUAUUACUCACGUAGUAGCGACUACGCCACAAGGCAGGUCUUCACGUUGAAGGAUUUGGCGCCACAGCGAAAGGUCAUUUCCAAGAAUGCGCACUGCGUCGUUUAUGAGCUAUUUUACUUCCGGCCACCGUGGUAGAGGUCGCCGUGGCGAUUUGCUUAAAGUCGCCUACACGGACACGGAAGGGGCCAUAGAAAUUUUACCUAUUAACGGGGUGUCUGUAUUAAGAGGGAUUAAACGGGAUUUGACUGUAUAGUUAGUUGUUUGCUUGUUUGUGUUUUUUCUUAGAUUGUUAAAUUCAGUUCCCACUUUUUCGAUAGUUGUUUCAGUUCAUACGAUUAUUUGGGUGCUACUACGGGAAAAAUUGUAUUUAGUGAACAAUCAAAAUGCCCAUAACCUUGAACGGGUUUUUUUCUUCUUAUAUGAAAGUACACACUACUAAAAGAACUUUUACGACAAAAAAAUUGCGAAUUGAAGAAAACGUGAUUUUUUUAGCAAAGUUUUUCAGUGUGAUGCUUUAAUGUCUACGUUAAAGUAGCCUCGCCUCGUCUCGUCACUUCUCUACCUCCGGUUUUUCUCGGCGGGUGAAACUAAAGCCGAAAAAACCGGAUGCUCUCGCGGGCUAACGUUAAAGGUGCUACUAUAAGAAAAAAUGUAUUCUGUUGCAGAUGGAGUGAAUUCCAAAAUCGAGUGAGUACAAAGCAUAUUGACGACUUUGGCCUGUCACAUUUUUCCUGCACAGUAUUUAAAAAAUACAGCAUGACAAACCAUUACGAGACUCCACCUCAGGUUUGUCUAAACGGAGAGUUUUACAGUCAGUAUUUCCUGGAUUACAUAACUAAAGUUUACGCUGCCAUGAACAGAGACAAAAAGGCCAAAUCGAUGCUGUCCUUUAUGCACUUUAACACUGGACACGAGCAUACUGGGGUACGAAUGAUCAACAUGGAUGCCAACUUGGCAAAGUUCUUGAAUAAUAUAGUUCAGAGCCCUGACACUCUUACUGUGAUAUUUUCCGACCAUGGCAACAGGAAUACUCAGUAUAGUUAUACUGACGAAGGGAGAAGAGAGACUUUUGAUCCAAUUCUGUUUAUGAUAAUUCCAGACCAAGUGGCUGAAAAGCUCGGCCAUCAGCGAAUGACGGCCCUGGUUGAAAACCAAAAGCGUCUCUUUACGUUGCUGGACCUACAUAGAGCACUCGUGUCUUUAAACCAUCCUGCACUAAUGAACUCCCAGAAUUCCACGGCAGUAGGGAUAUUUUCUGUUUUACCAGCAAACCGCACAUGUGCAGAUUUGCAGUUGAUGCCGCUGACCAGGUGCAAGUGUGAAGGGUUCGACGAUUAUAGUCAGGCAGAAGACAACUCAAAAAACCACAAAUGGUUAGCAGAGUUUGCACUCGGGACCUUAAAUGAUGCCAUACAGACACAACAUUUAGGAGGUACAUGUAAUAGGGAACUUAUUUAAUUAAGAAACUACAACGACGAGGUCAGGGUAACGUCACUAAAAAGUAAAUUUCCAUUCUUCCAACUUGUCAUUAUUCUGCCUGUGACAUUUUCCAUUUUCCUGCAGAUUAAUUGCUAAGGGAGUGCAUUCAAGUUUAUAUGGAAAAAGGAAAAUUCGUUGUAGUGUAAUAACGUCCGUUAUUAAACGACUAACUAGAAAAUUUCAUUUCGAAGUUGGGCGGAGGAAACCAAAGAAACAUACCAGACAUACCCACAAAAGUGUGAUGGACUGGCAAAUCUUCUUUUGUCGGGAAAAAAAAUUGACGUUACAGCCUCUUAUUGGUUUAGAUAGCGGCCAGAAGUUAUUCACUCAUCUCAUAGAAAUCGCCAAAUUGUUUUGAAGGUCAAAGAAAACGAUCUUUACGCCGGGGAGAGCAAAUUGUAAACAUUCAAUUCUCUACUUACAGUGGUGAUAAAAGAAACCAUGAUUCGGUCUAAAAGGGUAGUAACGUGCGAACGUACCUACCUGUUAUAGAGACGACUUACCCAAAAAUUUAAGGGGAGAACCGGCCGAAUUUUGCAAAAAGUAUACUUCCGGUUGAUGUGUGUAGCUCAAAAUCGUCUUUCGAGUUGUUUCCGUUCGUUUUUUACAGGCGCUGGUGAAGUUGUAACCUCAUCCCAAAGGUAUGGCUAUGGAAACUGUCAGCGCUUGGUGGGGAAAUCAUUUACUAAUAUUUUGCAACGUUACCAAGGAGGCUACAUCUUGACGACAAUGGAUCUCCACGUGGUCCCUCCAGCUGGUUUUACGGAAGACGAAGUCUUUAAAGUUUCUUUGAAAAACUAUGCAAAGCCGGAAGACAAAGUUUGGUUGACAAGUUAUACUCGGCAGUCCAGAUAUAGCAAAUUUGAGGCAUGCGCAGACAAGUCAGUUGACGUUAGAAUUUGCGCAUGCGCUAUUGAUCAAACUAAUGUUGCUGAAUCAGUCAGCAAUGGGGUUCCAAGUAAAAUGUUUGGUUCGGAGACCGUUGUAAAAGACCUCCACUUAGGAUGUCUUUUAUUUCUGAGAAGGGAUCACGGAUCAACCUCUUUGGCGUUGGAAGUAGCAAACGUAUGCUACAAUAGCACUUACAAAUUUAAACUGGACGGUGCAGGAUCAGAGAGACUGUUUUCUAAAAUCCUUCCCAUAAAUGUUGAAUUGCUACCCAGGACAUUUUAUUUUCUCACAUCCAUUACGAAGUAUGCGUCGAAAUUCACCUAUCAAUUACAUUUUACAGUAAGUUUAGAAGUUAAAAAAGAAAUUGUCAUCUUUAUAUAAUACAGCUGUGGUAACCUUUUUCCGAUAUCUUUACUCAUGCUGACGUAGUUUAUGCUCAAACUUGGGAGGUAUCCCCCUUAAAAAAUCCAGACGAGCCUCCUUCGCUCAUUCACUUUAGCUGUUAGUAAAACGAAGGGAAGACGUAAUUACUGGAAAACCAGGCUGAGCGUCAAAUACUUUCUCGAUAAAGUGAAAAACAAUCUAUCUAAAAUAGGAGAAAAGUCGAAUUUUAUUACUCACGUAGUAGCGACUACGCCACAAGGCAGGUCUUCACGUUGAAGGAUUUGGCGCCACAGCGAAAGGUCAUUUCCAAGAAUGCGCACUGCGUCGUUUAUGAGCUAUUUUACUUCCGGCCACCGUGGUAGAGGUCGCCGUGGCGAUUUGCUUAAAGUCGCCUACACGGACACGGAAGGGGCCAUAGAAAUUUUACCUAUUAACGGGGUGUCUGUAUUAAGAGGGAUUAAACGGGAUUUGACUGUAUAGUUAGUUGUUUGCUUGUUUGUGUUUUUUCUUAGAUUGUUAAAUUCAGUUCCCACUUUUUCGAUAGUUGUUUCAGUUCAUACGAUUAUUUGGGUGCUACUACGGGAAAAAUUGUAUUUAGUGAACAAUCAAAAUGCCCAUAACCUUGAACGGGUUUUUUUCUUCUUAUAUGAAAGUACACACUACUAAAAGAACUUUUACGACAAAAAAAUUGCGAAUUGAAGAAAACGUGAUUUUUUUAGCAAAGUUUUUCAGUGUGAUGCUUUAAUGUCUACGUUAAAGUAGCCUCGCCUCGUCUCGUCACUUCUCUACCUCCGGUUUUUCUCGGCGGGUGAAACUAAAGCCGAAAAAACCGGAUGCUCUCGCGGGCUAACGUUAAAGGUGCUACUAUAAGAAAAAAUGUAUUCUGUUGCAGAUGGAGUGAAUUCCAAAAUCGAGUGAGUACAAAGCAUAUUGACGACUUUGGCCUGUCACAUUUUUCCUGCACAGUAUUUAAAAAAUACAGCAUGACAAACCAUUACGAGACUCCACCUCAGGUUUGUCUAAACGGAGAGUUUUACAGUCAGUAUUUCCUGGAUUACAUAACUAAAGUUUACGCUGCCAUGAACAGAGACAAAAAGGCCAAAUCGAUGCUGUCCUUUAUGCACUUUAACACUGGACACGAGCAUACUGGGGUACGAAUGAUCAACAUGGAUGCCAACUUGGCAAAGUUCUUGAAUAAUAUAGUUCAGAGCCCUGACACUCUUACUGUGAUAUUUUCCGACCAUGGCAACAGGAAUACUCAGUAUAGUUAUACUGACGAAGGGAGAAGAGAGACUUUUGAUCCAAUUCUGUUUAUGAUAAUUCCAGACCAAGUGGCUGAAAAGCUCGGCCAUCAGCGAAUGACGGCCCUGGUUGAAAACCAAAAGCGUCUCUUUACGUUGCUGGACCUACAUAGAGCACUCGUGUCUUUAAACCAUCCUGCACUAAUGAACUCCCAGAAUUCCACGGCAGUAGGGAUAUUUUCUGUUUUACCAGCAAACCGCACAUGUGCAGAUUUGCAGUUGAUGCCGCUGACCAGGUGCAAGUGUGAAGGGUUCGACGAUUAUAGUCAGGCAGAAGACAACUCAAAAAACCACAAAUGGUUAGCAGAGUUUGCACUCGGGACCUUAAAUGAUGCCAUACAGACACAACAUUUAGGAGGUACAUGUAAUAGGGAACUUAUUUAAUUAAGAAACUACAACGACGAGGUCAGGGUAACGUCACUAAAAAGUAAAUUUCCAUUCUUCCAACUUGUCAUUAUUCUGCCUGUGACAUUUUCCAUUUUCCUGCAGAUUAAUUGCUAAGGGAGUGCAUUCAAGUUUAUAUGGAAAAAGGAAAAUUCGUUGUAGUGUAAUAACGUCCGUUAUUAAACGACUAACUAGAAAAUUUCAUUUCGAAGUUGGGCGGAGGAAACCAAAGAAACAUACCAGACAUACCCACAAAAGUGUGAUGGACUGGCAAAUCUUCUUUUGUCGGGAAAAAAAAUUGACGUUACAGCCUCUUAUUGGUUUAGAUAGCGGCCAGAAGUUAUUCACUCAUCUCAUAGAAAUCGCCAAAUUGUUUUGAAGGUCAAAGAAAACGAUCUUUACGCCGGGGAGAGCAAAUUGUAAACAUUCAAUUCUCUACUUACAGUGGUGAUAAAAGAAACCAUGAUUCGGUCUAAAAGGGUAGUAACGUGCGAACGUACCUACCUGUUAUAGAGACGACUUACCCAAAAAUUUAAGGGGAGAACCGGCCGAAUUUUGCAAAAAGUAUACUUCCGGUUGAUGUGUGUAGCUCAAAAUCGUCUUUCGAGUUGUUUCCGUUCGUUUUUUACAGGCGCUGGUGAAGUUGUAACCUCAUCCCAAAGGUAUGGCUAUGGAAACUGUCAGCGCUUGGUGGGGAAAUCAUUUACUAAUAUUUUGCAACGUUACCAAGGAGGCUACAUCUUGACGACAAUGGAUCUCCACGUGGUCCCUCCAGCUGGUUUUACGGAAGACGAAGUCUUUAAAGUUUCUUUGAAAAACUAUGCAAAGCCGGAAGACAAAGUUUGGUUGACAAGUUAUACUCGGCAGUCCAGAUAUAGCAAAUUUGAGGCAUGCGCAGACAAGUCAGUUGACGUUAGAAUUUGCGCAUGCGCUAUUGAUCAAACUAAUGUUGCUGAAUCAGUCAGCAAUGGGGUUCCAAGUAAAAUGUUUGGUUCGGAGACCGUUGUAAAAGACCUCCACUUAGGAUGUCUUUUAUUUCUGAGAAGGGAUCACGGAUCAACCUCUUUGGCGUUGGAAGUAGCAAACGUAUGCUACAAUAGCACUUACAAAUUUAAACUGGACGGUGCAGGAUCAGAGAGACUGUUUUCUAAAAUCCUUCCCAUAAAUGUUGAAUUGCUACCCAGGACAUUUUAUUUUCUCACAUCCAUUACGAAGUAUGCGUCGAAAUUCACCUAUCAAUUACAUUUUACAGUAAGUUUAGAAGUUAAAAAUGACAAUUCUGAAGAUUUUAUAAACUUAGGAGAACAUGACAUGUCUGAGUAA